AAACGGACUAACGGCUUGUAUUUUCUUCGUGCAUUUAACGACAUAUAUGAUGUUAACCGCUUGCUAGUAUUUGUAUUCGUUAACAAACGAGGGGAAUUAAAAACAGAUUUACUAAGCUAGUAGACGUUUAACAGUGAGUGACGCGAUUUAUUUCCUCCCGACAGUCCCGAGUAAGUAGCUCGGUGGAUUUGCAUGCUAAAUAUCUACAUUUAGCGAGUUAUCUGGAUUUUGUGAGUAUAUCGAGGAAAAUCACCAACGAUGGUUCAGAAAGAUAAGACGUUGGAGACUCCUCAACUGGAUGUUGAGCCGAGCCCCAGCCCAGUCUCUGGAGAGGCUUGUGUGGAGGCCCCUGGCCCAGUGGCGGCCACCGACAUCGGAGUCGAAUCGACUGGUCUCAGAAAAUUCAUUAGUGGGGUUGUUGAAGGCUUUUAUGGGCGCCCAUGGACAAUGGAACAGAGGAAAGAAUUAUUCAGAAGGCAACAGAAAUGGGGGCUGAACACAUACCUCUAUGCUCCCAAAGAUGACUACAAACACAGAAUGUUCUGGAGAGAACUUUAUUCAGUGGAAGAAGCAGAGCAACUCAUGACGUUAAUCGCUGCUGCCAAAGAGCAUGGAAUAGAGUUUAUUUAUGCCAUUUCCCCUGGAUUAGACAUAACUUUCUCUAAUCAGAAAGAAGUUUCUGCACUCAAGAGGAAACUUGAUCAGGUUUCUCAUUUUGGCUGCAAGUCAUUUGCCUUACUUUUUGACGAUAUUGACCACAACAUGUGCCCUGCAGACAAAGAGGUAUUCAGCUCUUUUGCACAUGCUCAGGUUUCUCUUACCAAUGAAAUCUACCAGUACGUGGGAGAGCCUGAAACAUUUCUUUUUUGCCCCACAGAGUACUGUGGUACUUUCUGCUACCCAAAUGUCUCGCAAUCCCCCUACCUUCUAACAGUUGGAGAAAAACUGCUGCCUGACAUUGAUGUACUGUGGACAGGCCCCAAGGUUGUAUCUAAAGAAAUCACAGUGGAGUCUAUUGAGGAGGUGUCCAAAAUCCUAAGAAGGUCCCCUGUAAUCUGGGACAAUUUUCAUGCCAAUGAUUAUGACCAGAAAAGGCUUUUCUUGGGUCCAUACAAGGGCCGCUCUACAGAGCUUAUUCCAAGACUAAAGGGAGUCCUCACCAAUCCCAACUGCGAGUUUGAAACAAAUUUUAUAGCAAUCCAUACUUUGGCCACUUGGUACAAGUCCAACAUGAAUGGGGUUCGAAAGGAUGUUGUCAUGACUGAUGGUGAGGAAAGCACUGUCUCUAUUCAAAUCAAGCUGGAGAAUGAAGGCAGUGAUGAGGAGCUGGAGACCGACAUGCUCUACAGCCCGCAGCUCGCUCUGAAACUGGCUCUGGCAGAAUGGCUCGGGGAAUUUGGCGUGUCUCAUCAGUACAACAGCCGACAGGUGCCUCAGAGUGGCUCUAAAAGCACAGCCAUUGACGUAUCAUCGAUGACGGCUCCGUCUCUUUGCUCCUCCACAUCAGUCACGACUGUGUUCCAGCAACCAAUCAUGUCUCCGUCAAUGCCUCCCCUCUGCUUGGAUCCACUGCCACUCCCCAUGGCAAAAACACCCCAGGAGGAAGAGGAGGUGGAUGUGGAAAAGAAGGAUUCGGAUGAGGAACCAAUGGAAAUGGUUGUUGAGAAACAGGACGAACCAGAAGCCGAGGCUGAUCCAGAGGAGAAAGACGUUGCUCCCAUUUUAGCUGAAAAAAUGACUGAAGACCUGAGACCCAUGGAUACAGACAAGGAAAGUCUGACAGAGUCCAAGUCCCCUGAAGAGUCGAUUCAGGAGGACUCUGGGAGUGAUGUUGCCCCUAUGCAGACAGAUGAUCAGCUCAAACAGGAUUUGUUUGUGCCUGGACCUGAUGAGAAGCCCCUGUUUACAGUGGACCCUCCUUUGCUUGAGGACCUGUGCUUACUCGCAGAGCUCUUUUAUCUGCCGUAUGAACAUGGGCCCAAGGCCUUGCAGAUGUUAAAGGAGUUUAACUGGUUAAGAGCCAACAGCAGCGUCGUCAGUGUCAACUGCAAAAGAAAAGACAAUGAAAAGGUUGCAGAAUGGCAGUCACGGGCCGAGAAGUUUGAGGAGAUGUGCUGCUCCGUCAUCCACAUGUUCACACGGCUUUCUAAUACAGCCAACCGCACCAUUCUGUACGACCUGUACCCUUACAUUUGGGACAUCAAGAGCAUCAUUUCUAUGGUCAAGUCUUUUGUUCAGUGGUUAGGGUGUCGUAGUCAGUCCUCAGCACAAUUCCUUAAAGGAGACCAAGAGCCCUGGGCCUUUAGGGGAGGUCUAGCAGGAGAGUUCCAGAGGUUACUGCCGAUAGAUGGAGCAAACGAUCUUUUCUACCAACCUCCACCUUCUUUGCCGACCUCCAAAAUCUAUACAAUAAGGCCUUACUAUCCCAAAGAUGAGACUGCAGUUUAUAAAAUCUGUAAAGAAAUGUACUGUGAAGGAAUGGAAGACGUGCCAUUCUCUGAGGAUGAUGCUGACCUGAUAGGAGACAGGUUAGUCGGAGGUCUCCUGACACUGAGUUCAGACUACGGUUUCGUGCUGGAGGAUGACGAGGGGAUCUGCGGUUAUGCUCUGGGCACCGUAGAUGUGAAACCUUUCAUCAAGAAGUGCAAGCUGAGCUGGAUUCCUCACAUGCAGGAGAAAUACAACAAGCCUGAUGGUGAAAAGGAUCUCUCAGAGGCUGAAAAGAUCAUUCUGAGUUUUCAUGAAGAGGAGGAGGGUCUUCCAGACUCCUUUUUGUCCAACUUUCCCUCGCUCAUCAAAGUUGACGUUCACGCCAAAGUCACUGAUCCCAGUGUGGCUAAGAGCAUGAUGGGAUGUCUGUUGUCUUCCAUUAAAGCAAAUGGCUCCCAUGGUGCAUUCUGCAAAAUUCGUCAGACUGAUAAGCGAAUGUUGGAGUUCUAUAGUAAACUGGGAUGCUUUGAAGUGGCCAAAAUGGAAGGUUUUCCCAAAGAUGCCAUCAUUAUGGGACGCAGCCUUUGAAGAAACGUGCUGAAACAGUAACGGACUGAAAAAGAUCAUGUCAAAACAGCUUGAACGUAUUUGUGAGAAAAAAUUGUGAUGAUUUUAUACUACGUUACCAUUUGGGCUCGCCCCGGAAGAACCUUGUUUUUACGGUUUGUGUCAACAAGCACAGCAGUUGGACGCAGCUUACCUGUGGCUGCCCUUAGAUGUUUCAGCUCAGUUGGAUUUGGCCUGAGCUGAAAGAUCCAACCAGCGAUCUGCAAGUGCUCCGAUCUUGCACUGAUUCCUCGGGCUCCACUUCUUGUGUACUUGCACGUGGAAGGAAGAGAUGCCUCCAUAAGCCUUUUUCUGAUUACAUCAAUUAUCCACUGUAUGGAUAUUCCUCCAUACUCGAUACAAAGAAGUGUCUGAAAUGGCAGCAUUUGUGAAAUUGGGUUGUCUCCUUCAAAUCCUGCAGUCUUCUUAUUUUUGACAUUGAAAUGACACAGAUGGUAACAGGAUAUGAGGUGCUAUGAGAAUCUGCCUUUCAGUGCCAUAUGGCAAUAUGGUUAUUUGCUCUGCAAUCCAUUUGGAGAUGAAGGCCUUUUGAAGUGUGUUCAGAAAUUAAAAUGUGAAUACUGGGUCCACACACGAAGGGUGGGCAGCUGUGGCCCGUUAUGUGUUGCAGCCUCGAACAGAACUUCACAACAGCCCAAGAAAACUGAGUGAAUCACACGCUCUUCUUUUUGUUGAUGUACAAACUGGACAGCAACAAACACACAAGUUUAUAAAUGUUUUCUUUUUAAUCUCAUUUCACUUCAUUAUUGCCAUUUGGUGUUUGAAUUUCUCCCACCCAGUAUCUAUUGUGAUCACAUUUUCUAACAUUUGUCAGGCAGUCGCUACAAGACUGAUAUUUGUAUAUUGAGCUUGUUGAGCUCUGUAGAAAUGGCUGAUUUAAAAGUUCUUUUAAAGGUUAUGUAUAAUUGCACACUUAUUAGUAUUGAGAUUUUGUCUUUUGCAAGUUUGCGUCUUUUUGUUUAAUAGUAAAAUGUCGAGUUCCUUUUUUUUUUUUUUUUUUUUAAUAAAAAUUUAAAUCACCUACCUAGUGGGACCAAAACUUUCAGUUCUAGUUUUAUUUGUGACAGCAAUUUCUGUUUUAAAAACAUUAGGUAGGCCUAAAAUUUUAAGCUUUUAUUGUCUUGAGGCCUGACUUUGAAAUGAAAAGGCAACUAGCUGGAGCCACCCACACCAAGCUACUAAGACUUCAUCACACAUCUUUAUUUUUCAACAUUUCAUACAAGUAAAUGUGUUCUCAGUUGAU